CUCUCGUUGCUUUUGAUCCGCGAGGAUAAAUCGUUCUCCUUCAGACGAUACUCUCAACUUUGACAUGCCCACAAAAGUUCGAGAAGGUCCACUUUCCGGUCUUAAAGUUGUCGAGUUCGCAGGUCUAGCACCCGGCCCCUUCGCAGGCCUCAUCCUCUCCGACUUCGGAGCCUCCGUAACGCGCAUCGACCGCUUCCACCCUAGUCCUUCAAGUUCCUCCGCUGACACCAAAGAAGCAGAUCUCUUAUGUCGCGGCAAACGCUCCAUCGCAGUGAAUCUGAAGAAUGAAAAGGGUUUGGAAGUGGUGAAACACAUCGUGAGAGGUGCAGAUGUUGUGAUUGACCCGUUUAGACCGGGAGUGUUGGAGAGAAUGGGAUUGGGGCCUGAGGUUUGGUUGGACGAUGGGCAGGGAGGAAAUGGGGAGAAUGAGGGGUUGGUUUUUGCGAGGCUUGCUGGGUUUCGCACAGACGGUCCACAUAGAGAUAUGGCGGGUCACGAUAUCAAUUACCUUGCUCUCAGUGGUAUCCUUUCCAUGCUUCCCGGCACCUCCGAAAAGCCCUCUUUUCCUCUCAAUCUGCUAGCCGAUUUCGCAGGCGGAGGCCUCACUUGCGCCAUGGGCAUACUAAUUGCUCUAUUCGAGCGAUCCCGAAGCGGACGUGGUCAAGUUGUCAACACUGAUAUGGUCUCGGGCACGCGCUACCUCUCCACCUUUCCGUUCCUCCACUCCGCCCUCCUCACGCCGAUCUUUUCAACUCCACGGCAGCCUCGUCAAACUAACGUUCUUGAUGGUGGUGCUCCAUUUUAUAACAUUUACACAUGUAAAGACGGCCGAUAUGUCUCUGUGGGAUGUCUUGAACCGAGGUUUUUCAAGGUGUUUUGGGAGAAAUUCCUGACCGCGCUGGGUGAGGAGUGGGUCGUACAAAACAGGGGUGAUAUGGGGGUAGAUCUAGGUAUCCAAGGGAGGAAGAAGGAUUGGGAGCUCUUGAAGACUUUCAUGGAGAAGGGUUUUCGGCUCAAAGGCAGAGAUGAAUGGGCUACGCUGUUUUACGGCACAGAUGCAUGCGUUGUACCCGUUCUCACACCCGAGGAAGCAGCUAUACUUGCCUCUCGGUCUUCGACGUCUCCCGCCUCCUUUGGCACACCGUCUCCCGUUCCAAACCCCGCGCCUUUCCUAUCUCGCACACCCGCAUCAGUAGACACCAGUAUUAACAGUCUGAGUCUCCUCCAAGCAGGCGAACACACAUAUGAAGUCUUGAGAGAGUUGGGUAUGCAGGAAAAUGAGGUGGUGGCAUUAGUCAAGGAGGGCGUAGUAGGCGGUCCCUCUGGUGAGAGAAGGUUGGAGAGAGGCGCGAAGCUAUGACCUCUUUGUCGUUGAUUAGUACCAUGAAUCUUCUACUUAUCCAGUCCGCUCAGUAUGUUCGUACAAUGUCAAUAAAAU